ACGAGUAAUUUGACGUUUCGCAGCGCCCCCAUUGGUAGUUGAACUUUAUUACAGAUCCAAGAUCGCUUGUCUUAUCUAUGUCACAGAUUAACAAACUUGAUCUAGUUUUUAUCUAUGAUCCUUAUCUAUCUGUCCUUUAUCUAUGCGGAGAAAUUCCAACCUCCACUAAAGACGCAAUUGCCCUUCCGGCCGUUUGUUAACAUUUCAAAUUUAUAAAAUGGCUCGAGGCCCCAAAAAGCAUCUGAAGCGCCUGAACGCCCCAAAGGCAUGGAUGUUGGACAAGCUGGGGGGCGUUUUUGCUCCUCGUCCAUCCACAGGGCCCCACAAACUAAGGGAGUCGCUGCCCUUAGUGAUUUUUCUGCGAAAUCGACUCAAGUACGCCCUCACUAAUAGUGAGGUCACAAAAAUCGUCAUGCAGCGACUGAUCAAGGUGGAUGGGAAAGUGAGGACGGACCCCAAUUAUCCCGCAGGAUUCAUGGAUGUGGUAACCAUUGAAAAAACUGGCGAAUUCUUCCGCCUGAUCUACGAUGUUAAGGGCAGAUUCACGAUUCAUCGCAUCACAGCAGAAGAAGCAAAGAUUAAACAACGUUUUUAUAAUUGGCAAAGGAAGCAAAGCCUUCGCCUCCCUGCCCAGAGGAAAGGGAGUCAAACUGUCCAUUGCCGAAGAGAGGGAUAAACGACUGGCGUCAAAAACGCAUUAAAAGGACUCGAAUAGGUAUUAAGAAUGUACAUAAGCACAAGUAAAAAAUAGAUUUUAAUUUUUUCCGCUCG